AUGCUGUCCUACUUGAAACGCAGUUUUGGCUACUUGAAACACGUCGUGGGCUGUGGCGAGGAGCGCUUCUUGAGGUCGGAGGACAUGAGUGCGGUUCCGAAGGACACGGACCACACAGCCGAGUACGUCGAGGCCAUCUUUUCGCAGGUUGAUGGUCAUCCGGCCCCCUCUGUGCCGGUCAACCUGGUCGCUGCUGUGGUCAUGGAUAGCCCAAAUGUCAACAAGGCUGCCAUGAAAGUCUUGGCAGAGAAGUACCCAAGCAUCGCCUUCUUGCCCUGCGCUUUCCACGCGCUGGACAAUUUCUUCGGGAAGCUCGUGAAGAACGUCGAGCUCUUGGACAGGGCACGUCACUGUGCCAAGCGCCUGACGAAGUUCGCUUCCUCGAAGUCGCGGGUGCGUGCUGCGUUGCAACGUCUCGCAGCCAAGCAGGCUCGCCGCAGAUCGCGUGCUGCAGGCAAGAAGUGCCACGCAGUGUUCUAUGUUACGGUCCGCAAGUCUCGCCACUACCCCGUGAUGAGGCAGGUCAAGCGGGCCUACCAGAUGAACCUGCCGGCCUUCUUAUACUUUCGGACCGACGAGGCCAAGAAUGUGUGCGCUCCCUUCAAGCACUGGGAGGCCGUCCAUCGCAUUGCUGUGCGCAGUCGGGCUGCGUUUGUGCAGCUGGCCAAGUUUUUCCUGGCCAUCCUCAAGCCCGUCAUGCGGAAAUUGCGGUUGGUGGAUGCAGCCAGUGCGACCUUGCCGCAUUUGCUGCUUCAUUUGAUCGACUUGAGGCAUGACCUAAUCGCUGCAUUCCAGAACAUGGGCUACAGCUACCGCUUGAUGCGUGCGAAAGACGAUGUGGACAUCGAGGAGGCGCUGAAGCAGGACCUGAAGAAAAUGGUCGGCCUUUACAACGACAUGGCCAAGGCUUUGAUGAGCAACUGGACUGUUGCCGCCUUCCUUGCGGACCCCUUCCAUGUCAUCAAGUACCGCGAGGAGGUGCGCGAGCGUGGAACCAUGCGCUUGGAGGCAGGGUUUGAUCCGACCAAGAACAUGCCCUCUGGCUUGGACGAUGCAAAAUGCUUCCGGUCAUUGGCCUUCCAUGCGGAGCGGGCAAUGCUGGACAUCAUACCUCGCAUCUUCCAGGAGAAGCCGCGUCAGAAGCAGGCGCGAGCCCAGCUGCGGAGCUACAUGACACAAACUGGGUCCUUUUGUCCGCGGAAGUUGGCAAGCUGGUGGGAUGACGCGGGCUUUGAUUUCAUGGCCAAUCCCAAGCGCAGCCGCCCCAUCCCAUUGCACCAGCUCUGGUGCGCGCAUGAUUUGGAUGCUCCCGAGCUUUGCCACAUCAUGCUUCGCUUGGCAGGAGAGAUCGCCGACCAGGAGAUCAAAACAGAGCAGAAGUCCGGCAAGCACGCUAUACCGGGCAAGCACUUCCGGAACCUCGUCAGAGCCAUCCUAGCAUGUCUUUGCGAGGAGAACGGGUUGGAGUGGAAUGACCUGACCAUAAAGAUGAAGGGCAUGGCGGCGUUGCAGACGGCGGCCGAAGCAGCAAUGAUCGAGAUCAUCGCUGCAGCAGAGAAGCUUGCCAACCACCGUGGUGCUAGCAGCGUGUGUCGCGUGGACCUUGUGCAGCUGCGACACCUUGCGGAUGGCAUGUCGGCGAGCGCAAUCCAGCUUCUGCAAUGCGCCGCAGACCGCCACCGCGUCAUAGAGCUUUACCAGGCCAAGUUCGCAGUGAUGCACAGGGCGCCCUCCAGUCGCCGACAGCGUGUUCUGAAGCAGCGUAAGUUUCUCAGCGGCUUGCAGAAGAUCAAUGGCCUGGUCAAGUUCACCACCGGGAAUGUGCUUCAGAACAACUUCUCCUGGGAUGCGCGGGUUGCCAGCGCAGUGAUCUGCGACAAGUACCGCAAACUCGCAGCGUGCGGCAAGAAGAGGAAGCACUGCGACACACGCGCCGGACAUUGGGAUGACGAGGACUGGAACAUGGAGGCCGACAGUGACAAGGAGGAUCUUUCGGAUGACGCAGACGCCAGGCCAAUGGAAGCUGGCUUGGAUUUCGAGGCGGAUCCAGUUCCAGACGCACCCUCGCUGGGCUCGGCAAGCUCCGCUUCCACUUCCAGCAGCUCCAGCGCAGAACAGGCCCAGAACAGGAACGAGCGCGUCGUCGCGGGGAACUGGGAGAACGAGAAGGAGCUCGGAGAAACUUGGGCCUCACGAAAUGCCUUCGCCUUCGGCCGCCGGCAACGGGGCGAAAGCCGCGCGGGUGUCCUUGACAAGCUUCUGGGCACUGCGGGCUCUCUGGUUCAGCUGACGGACUCAGUCGAGUAUGGCCUGACCGACAUCCAGGAGUACUAUGCCAAUUCGGGAGCCAUGGUGCGACGCAUGAGCGACCUCCAGGAGAAGAAGGUGGAGGCGCUUGUGGUGGACACGACGCAGCGCGAAGUCAUGCCCAGGAAGCUCGACUCGGUGCUGCGCAUGGAGUACCGCACGAAGCUCCUGAACCCGAAGUGGGCCGAGGCCAUGGUUUCGCAGGGCAGCGGCGGUGCUUUCGAGGUCUCGCAGCGGAUGACGGCCCUCCUGGGGUGGGGUGGCACGGCGCGCUUCGCAGAGGACUGGGUCUGGGACCAGAGUGCGCAGCGCUACGUCUUUGACGAGGACAUGGCCCGGCGGCUGAAGGAGAGCAAUCCCGAGGCCUUUCGCAACGUGGUCUCACGUUUGCUGGAGGCUUCUGCCCGUGGCUUGUGGGAUGCCAAGGAGGACAUUCUGGAGCGUCUGAAAGAGAUCUACGAAGCCCUGGAUGAUGAGCUGGAGGGUGUUGCCUAG